CGUCACGACAAGUGAAGGCGUCCAAAGAAGCGAUCCCUCGGCUCGCAUCUUAUUAGCGGAGUACCGCGGAGGGAAGGCGGGGAAAGCAAGUGAGUGAGGGAGGGGGAGAGAGAAGCAAAGAAGCAAAGACCGGGAAGGAGGGGAGCUCCACAGUAGGUGAAGCCGCUCGGUUCUCGCCACCAUAACUGAAGCAGGUGUCCAACAUGGCGAACGCAGGCUGCUGCUCUCUCGCGACUAUUCUCUUUUUAUCCAUCUUUCAGGCGGCUCUUCUCCAAGGAGCUGCACAGAUUCCAGUGGUGAGCCAGAACCUGGUGACGGACAACGUGUCGGUGGUGGAGGGCGAGAUGGCCAUCAUCAGUUGUCGGGUGAAGGACAACGACGACUCGGUUAUCCAGCUGCUCAACCCCAACAGACAGACCAUUUACUUCAGAGACAUGAGGCCACUAAAAGACGUUCGCUUCCAACUGGUCAACUUCUCCGACAACGAGCUGCGGGUGUCCCUGUCCAACGUGUCGCUGUCGGACGAGGGCCGCUAUGUUUGCCAGCUGUACACCGACCCGCCGCAGGAGGCCUACGCCGACAUCACCGUGCUGGUGCCUCCAGGUAGCCCCAUCAUCGACGCCCGCGACGAGGUCCUGAGCGAGGGCAACGAGACGGAGAUGACCUGCACUGCCAUGAGCAGUAAGCCUGCCGCCACCAUCAGAUGGAUGAAGGGCGAUAAAGAGCUCCCAGGAAAGCCCAAAGUCGAGCUGACCUACGACAGGAUGUACACAGUAACCAGCAGCCUCACGUUCACCGUCAACAAGGAGGAUGACGGCGUACCUGUGGUUUGCAUCAUUGACCACCCCGCGGUCAAAGACUUCCAAGCACAGAAAUAUCUGGAAGUGCAGUACAAGCCCGAGGUUAAGAUCAUGGUCGAGUUUCCUCAGGGUCUGACGAGGGAAGGAGAGAACCUGGAGCUGACGUGUCAGGCCAAAGGCAAACCUCAGCCACAGCGGAUCAACUGGGUGAAGGUGGACGACGACGUGCCGUCCCACGCCGUCAUCACUGGCGCAGACCUUUACAUCGAAAACCUCAACAAGUCCUACAACGGAACAUACCGCUGCGUGGCGGCCAACUCCUUGGGGGAAGCAUACGACGACUACAUCCUCUACGUCUACGAUGCUCCCACCACCACCCCCACACCCAACACUGCCACCACCACCACCACCUUCAUCAACACCUCCUCCUCCUCCUCCCUCCACCACGAAGCCAGUCAAGACACUGCGCCCAGCACUGAACCUGCAGCUCAUGAUUCUCGAGCCGGCGAGGGAGCCCCCAGAACGGUGGACCACGCCGUGAUCGGCGGCGUCGUAGCCGUGGUGGUAUUCGCCAUGCUCUGUCUACUCAUCGUCUUGGGACGUUAUUUCGCGAGGCACAAAGGUACCUACUUCACGCACGAAGCCAAAGGGGCGGACGACGCGGCGGACGCCGACACGGCCAUCAUCAACGCCGAGGGCGGCCACACCAACUCUGACGAAAAAAAGGAGUACUACAUCUAAAUCAAAGCAGGACCCCGACACCUUUAGUGUCCUCUUUGGGACGCAGCUGUUUUGGGGGGGACUCGGGGAUGGGAAGGGGCGGGGGGGAUCUGAGAUGGUUCAAGGUCACCUUUAGUGGGGGUUAGACGGGAGAUGCGAAGAAAAGCCGUUUGUCUAGUCUAGUCCGCAGAUGUAGGUUGGAAUGUUUUAAGUGUUUCAAACAAAAUAGUAAUCAAAAAAGAAGGAUGGUUUUGGGAAUGGGGGGGGUGGGGGGGGGGGUGCCAGAAAAUCACCGUAGAGAGCUUCACCAUUCAGCACCUACCUAACGACACGUUUAAUUUUCUUGUUGUUGUCGAGUCCCGACCGUUUUGCAGAAAAUUCUGUGCCUUGUUCGAAUUGUUUUCGUUGCGUUCACAGCCUUCCCCCCUCGUCGCGUCGGCUUUUGUAGCCGUAGAGGGUGCGAAAAAAAAUGACAAAGCCACCCCCCUCCUCCCGCUCGUCCCCGACAACCACCACCGUCACUUCCUCUUUAAUGUCUACACAUUUCAUUACAACAUUCCAGUAUACUGUGAUAUAUCUCCGACCAUUACGUCCCCGUCCCGUCCCCCCCCCACUUGGAGAAAAAAAAAAAUGCAUGGAAUGCUUUACCAUAUCAUUGUACAUAUUAAUGACAAACCGUUGUGGACUGUAAAUGCCCCCCAGCCUCCUCACUGCUUCCCAAACACUACCACCUUCAGAGUAUAAACAAAAAGAAGGCAGCAAAAACAACGGAAAGAACUUCAUGUUUGGUAACCUCAAUUGUGACCGCCGCACAAUGCCGACCGUGUCAUUAUUUUGAUUCUGUGUUGACAUAUUCUGUGCUGCGUUAUUUCCGUUGCUUUCCCGCCCUUUCCUCACGAGCUCUAAUUGAGUCGCAAUGGCGACACUCAAUGGGAUCGCAAUUUACCCACUGGCGAACCAAAAACAAAUUGAAAUAUCCGGUAUUGGCAACAGGAGCGGGCAAAGUCCAUCCAUCCAUUUUCUAUAGAUCUUGUUUUUCACACGCAAUGACAGAAACUCAAACGUUCCGCAAUUUAGCGUCAUCAGUCUUUCUAGUAUACGUGGUUUGAAUUCAAUCAAAAAUGUCUAGUUUGUCUUGAAAGUACCUCUGGGGAUGCCCGUAGGCAGUUUUGGAUCGCUAAUCAGAUUGACAGUUGAAACGGAAACUCAAGCGUCUUCAAUUUGUCGAGCAUACGUGAUGUACAGUAAAUUCCGCAAACAUUUCGAGAGCGGCCAAGACUGGUUGCCAACCGAAGGCACAUAAAGACAACAUGCUCACAUUUACACCAAAGGACCAGGUCUUAGAAAUGAACCGAACAUGUUUUUGGAUUGUGGGAAUAACCCUUGUAAGCACAGGGAGAACUUGCUAGCUCAACACAUGAAGGCAAAUUCAAACCCAGAACCUCUCAACUGCAUAGCAGACGUGCUAACCACUAGGCUACCCAAACUCCAUUACAAAGUCCAAUUAUUGGAAAAGUCGAUUUCACACAAAAAGAAUAAGAAUAAGUCCGGCCACAUAUCAAAGGAAACAAUGUUGACAUCCUGAAAAUUACGAUUACAAUCAUCAAAAGUAGCUAACCUCGUUAGCUUAGCUUGCUAGCGCCACAGAGAGGAAAGCGGCGCUUUCACGUCAGUACCAUAACUUUUAGCCCAAAGUGUAACUCCGCAGAAGUGAACACCAAUCUGUCAAGCCAAACAAAUCUCAAUAUAGCUCUGUUUACCUUUUAGUUGGUUGUUUGAUUUGACUACAGCUGGGUGGGCAAUCACAUCCAGAAAAUCGACUAUUUGUUCACAAGCCAUUAAAAAGCCAAUCAUACGUAAUAUUGUUCUUAUAUGUUCUUAAUAUUGGGGUUUUGGAAACACUAGCCCCCCAAAAAUUCCCUUCAACCAUCUUGAAUAACGCAUAUUUAACCAUUACUACCUUAAAAAAAAAAAAAAAAAAAAAAAUAUAUAUAGCAAAAAGUUGAACAUAUGAUUCAAAGUAUCACAAAAUUAUCGGCCGGAAAAGUGUUUGACCGCUGUUCUGUGCUGCGCUGUGAUUGGCCAAUCUGCAUUUUGGAGGUGUGGCAGAAAGAGAGGUCGGUUCAUACAAAAAUAAACAGAUGCAAAUGCUCACGAGAAAAUAUUUUACACAGAAAACUAAUGGAACACCGAAUUGGAGUGGCUUUGCGCUGGUGGAAGAUACUACUACUUUUUUGCUUUGCUCCCAUUAUCCUUGCUAGUGUGACAUUUUUCAUUUAGUUUCCGCUUGCAUGAACGUGCAUGCUGAAUUUCUUCUUGCUCAGUUGUCUUUUUUUUUUUUUUUUUUUUUUUUUUUUUUUUAAUCACCAGCCAAAGCAAAAAAUAGGUUUUUUUUUGUUUUGUUUUGGGUUUUUUUCUCAGUGGCGACCGGGGGAGCGCGGAGGAAUGCCAAAAUGAAUUCGUCGUUUAUGCACCGAAAUCGAUUCACGUGUGUCUGGAUUUUGCAUGAAGGCGCUAGUGUCUUGGGGGUCGCGUCGGAGGUCGGUUUGGACGCCGUCGUUUGUUUGUCAGUGUUUGUGUUCACACAGAAAGCAGUACGCCUAACAAUUCUUGACUAAAUCGCUCCCAUUUCAUAUGGUUUUGAACAUUUUGUUACUAUUUAACAAAUUUGUCAUAAUAGCCAAUUAAAUGUACGUAAAUUCAUUAUAGUUCAUAACCACAACUUGGAGACGUUUGCUUACAAAUGUUCAUGUCGCAAUGUUAAUUUGUUUGUUCUAAAACGUCUUGUCUUUUUUAAUCCUUUAAAAGAAGACUUUGGUUAUUUAGCAAUGGCUAAUGGAUUUUGUGUGCAAAGAUUUGUGAAGAACUGUUAAAAACUGUGUUGUUAUAGUCGCUCGACAUUUUGAGAAACAAAAACGGCAACUUUUUAAUCAUUCCUGGCUAAACAUUGAAACUCGUAACCUUUCCAAAAGUGAAACCGUUUCGACAAAUUAUCAGUUCUUCUUAGGAACUUAUGUGACAUUUUUUUUUUUUCCGGAAUUUUGAUUUCUAAUUCGAAACGUUCAUUAGAACAACGUAGAGGCAACCUGAACACGAAAACUGAAGCAGUAAAGUUAGCAAAAGAUAAAAUUUGAGUUGCCGCCAAAACAUUUGGCCACAACUAUAUCAUAAAAGCAUUUAUUUUCCAAAUUUUGUGACUUUUUAUUUUUUUGUCCGACAACUUCAACAUUAUUGUCAGAUUCCAAAGUAAUGCCCAAAAUGUGGACAUACGUAGCAACAUUAACAUCUACGAUUAACCUUUCGAUGAAAUCUCGGUACUUCUGCAAUUCGCACGGACAUGGAGACGUUUUCCAGAAUUUUGGCCACGACUGUACGGAUUGUCUUUCAAAAACAUAGUACGGUUUUUACAUUUAAAAAAAAAAAAAAAAAAAAAAAAGCAACUAAAGCAGAUACACAAAAAAACCUUUCGAACUAUCACUGCGAAAUCUCGUUAAGGACUCUGCAGAAGUUUACUUGCUCACUGUGUGGACACAUUCAAUACUUCACUGGCAUGGUUGGGAGCGCAAAAUUGCGAACCAUCCUCAUUACGUACGAUAGCUUUAAUAUCAUCCACCGUGCACAAAAAGACAAAAAAAUUCACUCAAGUCACAAACACUUUCAAACCUGGUUGGGAGUUAUGGGCAUUUUUUCCACCGGAUGUAUUAAUAAUAAAUGGGGGCAACUGAAUUAGCGUUGCAGAUGAGCUCCGACCCCUUCAACGGAUUUUGUAGUUGAUUUAGUUUUGCACUUAUGAUGGAGUUUUCGCACUAAAUUAACACUGUAUGUCGAUGACACUGUUAUGUGUUUGUUACACGGUCAGGUCGGGAAUGGGAAAAGGUUCAAAUUUGAGCUUUGAUGUUUUAUGGUCAAUUAUUAUUAGCGUUUCACAUGCUGCUUUUUGGAGCAGCAGAUUUGCCUUUUUGAUCCAGACUUCAACAUAUGUACUUGCCAAUAAAUUUAAAAAAAAAUGGUCGUGUACACUUUUCAACCCACCAAGCUUGACAAAUGAUUAUAUUAUUUGCACAUAUUGUUUUCAGAUUUUUUUUCCAGAGGAUAGACUGAGAAUUAUUCACACAAUUAACCUGGUUGCACAGACAUUUGUAAAACAGUCAGUAAGGAUCAAUUUGGGAACUAUUUGACAAAUGUGUAUUUAAUCUUAUGUUUAUGAACGCUUUAUGUUGUAGAAACGUGAGAAAUUGUUGUUUCUUACAUCAAAUGACAAGUAAAGAAAUUUGAAAUGUUUUUAAUUUUUCACAUACAAACAAAGAAAUGAUAAAACACUGGCAAAAUUUGAAGAUAAAUGCUUAUCAUUUUUAGAUAAAAAUAUGAUUAACAAGUUUUGGGCAUGUUUUUCAUAUUGCUUAUUUUUCAAUGGCAUAAUGAGUCAUUCCAUACAUCUCUGUGAAAAUAAGAUUCAGUUGUAGGUAAAUAGCGGAAUUGUAUUUUCUACUAAAUAUCCAUUCAAGUUAAAAAAAUAAAUAAAAAAUACAUUUUGAAAAUGUAAAUUUUAUUUUAUUUUUAUUUUUUUUUUAAAUGAUGCCCUCAGGUUCUUGUGUGACUUCACCUCAGUGAGAUCAAAACAAAAUCGUCCAACAUCGAAAUUGAAGGCAAAUUGGUGAGAUAUUUAGCAUCUGUGUUGUACAUGCUUUCUGUAUUUUUCUUAAUUAAUAUUUGGUGCACUGUAAAAGUUCUGCAAGUACUGCUUUGUGUUGACAUAAAGUGUACAGGGAUCCGAGAAGUUGUCGUAUUAACUGUCCACCUCGAACACACCGUCGCCUUUGGAAGCUCAAAAAAAACAAAACACAAAAAAAAACAUAUAUAUAUAUUAUUGGUUUGGAUUCGUGUCCGGUCAUUGUUAGUUUUUGUUUUGUUCUUUGGAUUCUUUUCGUCUCUCUGCUGUUCCUGGGAAAUGUUCAUGUGUAUUAACAGAGGAGAGGAGAUCCACAUUCCCAUACACAUUUUGUAUUGGUUCAUAAAUAGACAUUUUUACAAAAAAACAAAACAAUAAAGAGUUCUUGUCUUAAUAAAAAAGAAAUGAUAUCAAU